AUGGCAGAAUCUCACCCAGUCGGUGCCCCUCCAGAGGUGCAAUUGGAGUCGGAGUCCGAGGCCGAGUCAGGCGCCGAAGAGCAACCACAAGCCGGAGAAGAGACGCAAGAUACCACCACAACGACAGCUGGAAAGCCCAAGAAAAAGAAGAAGAAGUCGAAGAAGGCCAAACUCCUCUCUGCUCUCAAAGGGGAGAAAUCGUCGGAAGCUGCCGAAUCGUCCAAGACCGCGUCCAAACUGCCCGAUGAAGCCGUGAAGAAAUUGCUGGAAUUGAACCCGUCACUGAAGGGCGAGUUGGCCGGGAUUCCUCCUGAGAAGGCGUCGGAGAUCUUGAAGAAGAUGGACGUGUCACAGUUGCUGAGCGGAAUCUCGUUGAGCGGCAAGAACCAGAAAGACAUGGCAUCAUACAAAUUCUGGGGCACGCAGCCGGUGCUCAAGUUCGAUGAGAAGGUCGACGACAAACCCGACGGUCCCAUCAAAGAAGUCACUCCGGAGAUAGUGCCCAAGAUAGCAGCGCCUCUGCCCGAAGGCUACGAGUGGGUUGAGCUUGACCUGACGGACGAGGCGGAGAUCAAGGAGGUUUACAAGCUCCUCUCGCAGCACUACGUGGAGGACGACCAUGCGAUGUUUCGGUUCAACUACUCGGCUGUUUUCCUGGACUGGGCGCUCAAGUCGCCCGGGUGGAAGAAGGGCUGGCACAUCGGGGUGCGGGCCAAAGGGCCGAGCAGACUUCUCGUGGCGUCCAUCUUCGGCAUCCCCAUCAAGUUGCGAAUCCGCCAGAACACGCUGGACGUGGUGGAGAUCAACUUCAUGUGCGUGCACAAGAAGCUGAGGUCGAGGAGGCUGGCGCCGGUGCUCAUCAAGGAAAUCACCCGAAGGUGUAACCUGGACGGCGUCUACCAGGCCAUCUACACGGGCGGCGUCGUGCUGCCUACUCCGGUCGGCAGCUGUCGCUAUUUCCACCGCAGUCUGGACUGGCUGAAGCUUUACGAGGUCGGCUUCUCUCCGCUGCCACCCAACACCACCCAGGCCAAGAUGAUCGCCCGCAACCAACUGCCGCCGCACACGAGCACGCCCGGAUGGCGAGUGAUGGAGGAAAGAGACAUCGAUCAGGUCCACGACCUGCUGUCCCGCUACCUGGAGAGAUUCGAACUUGCCCAGGUCUUCACCCGCGACGAGAUCGAGCAUUGGCUGGUCAAUAGGCACAAGCCCGAAGACCAGGUCGUGUGGUCGUUUGUCGUCGAGCAGGAUGGCAAGAUCACCGACUUUGGAAGCUUCUACUGCCUCGAGAGCAGUGUCAUCGGGGACAUGAGUAAGAAGCACGACAAGAUCCGCGCUGCCUAUCUUUACUACUACGCCACGGAACAAGCCUUCAACCCGAAGGAGAAGGGCUUGAAAGACCGACUGUUGCAGUUGAACCAGGAUCUGCUCAUCGAGGCCAAGAAGGCCAAGUUCGACGUCUUCAAUGCCCUGACUCUGCACGACAACCCCAUGUUCCUCGAGCAGUUGAAGUUUGGCGCCGGCGACGGUCAGCUCCAUCACUACCUCUACAACUGGAGAACGAAGGCGAUCAAUGGAGGCAUCAAUUCUAAGAAUCAGCCCGACGAGUCCAAGCGGGGAGGCAUCGGGAUCGUGCUUUUAUAA